AUGAGUAAUAUGUCUACAAGUAGCAAUGAUGAAAAGUACAUAAAGUUCAAAAAGGAAAAUCUCAUGGGUGCUUUGAAAAGAAAUAAUAAAUAUAUAAAAAGAAACGAUUCAGCUAGUUCUGUUAAUGAAUCUGUUGAAAAUGAAAAUAAAAAGACUUAUAGAUGCUAUCACUGCAAGAGAAAAGUGGAAGAUGUAUUAAUUUUGUCUUGUAAACAUUUAAUAUGUCUUAUAUGUUCUAGCAUACAAUUAGAAGAGAAUUAUAAAAAGUUUUUAGAAAAAUUCAUGAACACAAAGAGUAUUGAAAAUAAUAAAAAUGAGAAAAGUCAUCAUAUUGAUGAAUGUUUUGAUAAUUAUAAAGAUAUGAUAAAAAAUAAAAUAACAUACAAUAAUAUAAAUGAUGAAAAAAAUGAUUUGUUUAAUAAUGAUAUGAUAGUAGAUAAUAUGUACAAGAAAGAUAAAGUUGGUUUUAUUACUUGUAAAUUAUGUAAUAUUAAAAAUAAACUAUCAUUAGAAUCUAUAGAAAUAUUAACAAAAGUCGGAUUGUUUUCUCGUAAUAUUUUAAAUGUUCAUAAAUUUUUUUUUAAUAAACUUGGUUAUGAAGAGAAUGAUAAUAUUAAUUUAAAACACAAUACUAUAGAGAAUGAUGAGAAAAAGAAAUUUCUUUUAUUAAAAAAUAAAUAUAAUUAUAUAAAUGAUCAAAUGGAUGAUUUAGAGAAAUAUUCUUAUAUAUGUAAUAUUUGUUCUUAUAAUGAAGCUAUUAUAUAUUGUAAAGAUUGUGUAGAAUAUUUAUGUAAAGAAUGUUGUGAUAAUAUUCAUGAAAUGGAUGUACUUAGAAAAAAAGCCAAUUUAAAAGUUGAAAAAGCACAUGAAUAUUAUGAAAUAGAAAAAUCAUGUUAUCAAUUAAAAAAAUUAGUUAAGGCACCUAAAAAGUUUUUAAAUAUAACCAAAGAAGAUAUAGAUAUUAUGUAUAAUACUGAUGAAGAAAGUUAUACUACUUAUGGGGAUAAUAAUGGAAAAUAUAAAAUAUAUGAUAAUAAUAAUAUUAAGAGUAAGAAUAAAAAUUAUUGUUAUAAAGAUGACCCAUCCAAAAAAAUAAAUAUAUACAAUGACAAUUGUGAAAAUGAUAAAAAUAUUCAUGUGGACAUAUUUGAUGAACUUCAUAUGAAUGAUUCAGAUUUUGAUACAUAUGAUGAAGAACAUUUUUAUAGGAGACAAAAAUUUUUUUUAGAUAAAGAAGAAAAAAAAAGAAAAAAUCUCCUUCUUUCUAAAAAAUUAAAUGGUCUUGUUGAAAAUAUGAAAAAUGAGAGUUCUUAUGAAAGUGAUGUUUCAUCUAAGUAUGGAACGGAUGGCUCCAUAAGAGAUGAUAAAACAAACGUAUUAUUAAAAUUGAAGAAAAAAAAAAAAAAAAAAAUGGUACAUAUGAGAAGAGAAAAUAAAUUACAUAAUAUAAAAAAAAAAAAUGUAAAUGAUCUAAUAAGUAUUAAAAAUAAUGAUGAUAAUAAUAUUAGUGAUGAUGACAAUGUAGGGAGAAGAAAUCAUAGAAUUUAUUCAAACGGAUUAUAUAAUAAUAAUAAUAAUUUGGAUAAUAUAAAAUAUCUUAAAAAUAUUAACAACAUAAAAAGUAAUAAUUUAAGAAAUGAUACAUAUAUUUUUUCUAAUAGCACAACUGUAGAUAUGAUAUCUUUAGAUGAUGAAUCUUUAUAUUCAGAUAAUGAACUUAAAGAAAUUGGUAUUACAAAUAUUCAUAAGGAAAUAUGUGAAAAAAAAAAAAAUAAAACAAUAGAAAAUAUAAAUAAUGAUAUUCUUAAUAAUAAACAGUUUACAGUUAUAGAAAAUGUUCGAUGUAGUGAACAUUAUAAUUAUCCAAUACAAUAUUUUUGUCAUACUUGUUUGUCAUUAUGUUUCUGUUCAGAAUGUGCAAUAAAUGGAAUACAUACAAGUAAUUGUAAUAUAGAAAAUAUUAACACAGCAUUUAUAACAGUAUUAAAUAAUUAUUUAAUACAAUGGAAUGAAAUUAUAAAUGAAUUAAUAAAUGACUUAGAAAAGAAUUUUUAUGAAUCUCUUGAAGAUGUAAAAAAUGAUUGGUCAGCACAUUUAAGUGAGUGUUAUUAUAAUUUAAAUACUAAAGUAAAUUAUAUUUUUAAUAAUCUUGUUAAAAAAGAAAAAGAAAUAUUUGAUGAAUUUGAUACAUAUAUAGAGAAAUUCAAAAAUGAUAAUUUACAAUAUAUAGAAUUAUUAAAUUCGAAAUAUGAAGAUAUAGAAAAAUCAAUUAAUUUAAUACGUCAAAAUAAAUUUCAUACAAAUCCAAUUGAUAUAAUUAAGUUUUAUACAAAUAACAUUGACAUUAUAGAUAAGACUAUUUUAUUAAAUAAUGAUUUUAAACCUAUACAAGAUUUAUCAAAAAUUAGAGAAAGCAAAAUUUUCUAUAUGGAUUUUUAUGCAUCACAAAUUAAUAGCUAUCUUAAAUAUCUACAGGCAUAUUUAAACGAAAGCAAUAUGUUAGACUCAAAAUAA